AUGCCCGAUAGUGUCGAGGUGCGCGAAGCUGACAAUGGAGCCCCGCUCCAACGCGUUUCGAUACGAUGUCCCGCCUUCAAUGCCAAACGUCCAGCGUUAUGUUUCGCCCAGCUCGAGGGACAGUUUCAUCUAUCUGGGAUUAACGAUGAAGUAACGAGGUAUUACUAUGCCUCGUCUCAUCUCGAUCCCAAGGCCGCUGCUGAGGUGCAGGAUAUCCUCCUAAAUGUGCCUGCCGAGACACCGUACAUACGUCUCAAGGAGGCGCUCAUCGAACGCCUUACGCUUUCCCGGGAUGCACGACUCCAGCAGCUGCUCGACCGAGAGGUAUUCGGUAACAGGAAGCUCUCGCAAUUCCAGCGUCAUCUCAGGAAUCUCGAGGACACGGUUCCAGACAACAUUUUACGCACCAAGUGGCUCAGCCGACUGCCGAUGACGACCCAGUCCAUCCUGGCAUCACAAGCGGACAUGGCUCUCGACAGGCUUGCAACACUCGCCGACAAACUGCACGAGAUCGCAUUGCCGGUAGCCCACAUCAAUGACGUCCAAGAGCCAACGUCCUCGCCCUCGAGACACGCUUUUCUCGUCUCGAAGCCGAAAUCUGCGAGCUGGCAUCAGCCCUAA